AUGUCUUCGAGGAUGAAGCUACGUCCAACGACAGAUUUUUGCGCGGAUUGUAGCGCUCCAGGUGAGGAAGUUAGCUAGAUAUUGAGUUGAGUCAUAACCCGCCAUAGCGCGGUAACAUGACAGUAACUUUUUGUUGAUGACAGGUAACAUGGAUUCUUGUAGAAAUCUGCCUUUAAUGAGUUUAGAAGUAACUGUUGAUCACUGGUCUUUGAAUAGGUCCAGAAUGGGCAUCGGUGAAUCGCGGAGUAUUGAUUUGCGACGAAUGUUGCAGUGUACAUCGAAGUCUGGGCCGGCAUAUUUCUCAAGUGAAGCAUCUUCGACAUUCGUCUUGGAGUCCAACUUUACAAGCGGUACGUAUAUGUAAUGAUAAAAAUAUCGCUAUUCUUCUUGCUGCUGUCUUAAGGUACAAUCCGACCUCGUGAUCUUAUUUAGAUGUUGGAUAACAGUGUGUUGUUGUUAUUGGCGCGGGAGUUUCAAGAGAGAAUGGUUUCGAUCAAGUAAGAUGGACAUCAUUGCAAACAUUCACGUCUGUAAUUGAUUUAUUGUAAAGCUCGAUUUGAAGGUUACUUACCACAGAAAACUAUACUGUUUAAAGUAACUUAGCGUUUCUCCAAAGUCUACUACCCCGAUUAUAGUUUGUUGACCAAGGAAUUCAGUUCUGAAGUGUCAAAAUAGUGUUCCACGGACACUUCCCCCUUGUAUACAAUAACAUAACUUAUCAUUCUCACAGUGGGGAAAUUAAUCACUGCUUGAAUUCUCAAAUCUUUCCUAACAAUGAACAGUACAUAGAGAAAUUUACUCUUCUGUAGGAUUUCUUUUAUUUUUCUUUAAACUACUAAGACCCCUUUUUCUAAGACCGUACAAAAAAAAUAUGAUUACACUACUAGAUCAUUGGAAAACAGAUCUUAGUAAAUUCUGCCAAGAAGAUAAGGCAUACCAAUCAUCCCUAAACUCGAAAGCAAAUGGUCACAAUUACAUUUAAGUUUUGCUUAACAUGAAAUUAAAGUGACAAAAACUGGAUCCUGUUCCUUUGUAGCCAUUAAUUUCAUAGUGUUUUAAUGGUUCAGUGGACACAGCUUAUCAUGGUUCGAAAUAACUGUAGCAAAAAUGAACAUCUGAAAGGUUUCCUAUCCUGUGUGAAUGUAAGCUUGUUAUAGGCAGGUGUUUUGUGUUUUAAUUAAAACAAAAUCUUUCAGAAAACCUGAAGCAUGUUUUCUUGUUAUCAAAUUUAUUUUUGUUUACAAUUGACAUGGAUUUCAAAAUUAAAUUCUACCAUUGGAAAUUAGACUUUUCUCUAUUAACAUUUUAAAUGAGUCCCUUUCCGUUUUUGUUUUUCCAUAAUAACAUUGGAAGGUAUAUUUAUGUUAUACUAAGUACCUCUUCUUCCUUAGCUUUUUGGGGGCUUCCUGUAAAAACGUGAGGAUUUGAUGGAGAAAGGUGUGGGAUAAUAUAUGCAUAGAAUGCUGAUUGAUGCUAAAAAUACAAAAACAGAUGAUUAUUUAAAUUGAAUGAUCUUUCAAUUAAUUUAAUUGAAAGUAUUGUAAAAUGGUAAUAGAUAUGAUGCAAAAAGGCAGCAAGGUAAGGAAGAAGGGAACAAAAGAAUAAUUAUUUUGAAAUAUAGCCCUAUAUUGCAAAAUUAAUGUGUGGCAUCGUUACAUAAUCUCACGUGAUUGUAUGGUAUAUUGGUACAUUGCAUCUGCCAGGGGCUUCAUUUUAGCGGAGGUUUAAGGUCACGGAGGACACCUUGGGCUCACUGUUAAACAUUAAUUUUCAUUUUAAUUAUUGAAAGUAUAUGAACAAGGAACACAGACUUCUUUUGACAGGUUUACAAGAUAUUCUGGUGGGUGUCCAGGGUUUCUAGAGACUACUCGGUGAUUAGCAAAAAUUUAACCCAGAAAUGCCUGCUAGUGACAGAAAAAUGAAAGUAUUUUAGAGGAGGAUAUUGAUUGUGUCAUAUUUGUUUCUCAAUACUUUAUUGGAUGGAAACAAACUAAUGCUAAUAGAGCUAAAAUUCUUUACUUGGUCACUCAAAAUUCUUCAGAGUCCCUGAAAUUAAAAUUUUCCCCAGGGAAACCACCCUGAUUCCUCGAAUAACUGGAUAACCCAGUUCCAAACCUAGCCUCACUUGCGAUUGCCUUUAAUAAUCUAAUAUCUUUUUGCCUGCACAAAUUUUUUCCGUCGUAAAAUUUUCUGGAUAAUCCUGGGCUCAUCAGGUACUUGAGUAGUCAAGGAGUUUUUGUUUCACUGACAGAGAAUGUGACAUUUUUCUCCUUAAUAAUAAUUACUACCUUUGUGCAACAGAUGGUUAGGCAGCUUGUUACAAAUGGAGCAAACUCAAUAUGGGAACAUUCACUGUUAGAUCCAAAUCAAAUGAAGAGUGGAUUAAGGAAACCAAACCAAAAAGAUCGUGUGCAGUGAGUAUGCUACUUGUAUUAAACCUACUGAAAUCACCUAAGUGAAAUAACUUGUUCUUGAGAUACAUGUACUUCAAACCGCCAUUAUAAAGUCAGCAAGGCAAGUCUUUGUACUUGUAUAUCCAGAGGAGUUGUGUAGGAGAGAUUCUGCUGUACUAAUAAUCUAUUGUUUAGACUUGGUAUAUGUCUUUUUAACUCAUCAAAAAUUUCUUUGGUUUUGCUAAAUGUUAUUUUGUAAAAGCAAUCAACCAACUUAUCUGUUGGUUUACCAAUGUAAUAAGCUCACAUGGAAUGGUGGGAGAAGGCUUGAAAAACUUGUAAAUCACAAAGGUUUGUCUUCUAUGUAAUCGACCAGCUUUCAUAGUUUUUCUCAAGUUUUGAUUUAUAAAGACUGGUUAGCAAAUAUCCAUUAGCACUCCUGGAAAAAAGGAAACAUACCAAUAUUUAAAGGUGAUACAUUAAAAGUGAGCUGAGAUAUUGCUCCAUAAAAUUAAUACCAAAAGUUCAUAGUUGUUUGUAUGGUGGGGGGGGGGGGAGCACAAAAUUACCCCCCACCAUACAAACGUCUGUAAAAUUUGAUGACUUUGCUGAGCUAUAUCUUCGAUAGUUUUCAACAAAUCACGUUCAAACUUGUACAUCUUUACUAAUAUUAAGGCACUCAUUUUAGCCAUGUUGAUGGAUUUUUGCUUGCUGGUCCCAGUCAGAAGUUGGAAAAACCAUGGAAGGGUUUAUUAUUACAAAGAUUAUUCUUCGAUUAUUAUUGCUAUCCUUUGAAAAGAUCCACUAUAGGCAUUUCACACAGAAAAAUAUUUUUUUAGAAAUGGCCCUAAGAAAUGACUUUAGAAGCCAAUACAUAUCUACGUACAUACAUAACUUUAUUUUUUUUCUUCUGAUUUUAGAGUAGCCUAAAGGCUAGUAUCUCCAAUGAAUUACACUUACAACAUCAUAUUAACAUGAUAACACAAACUGGUGGUAAAAGUAAAUGUCCAAUUUAUGAAACUAUGGUAAAAUGUUGUGGAUAUCUUUCAGUCUUUAUUAUUCUUCAAUUUCUAGUCCCACUAAAGCAACCUUCAUCAAAGCCAAGUACCAAAGACUUGCAUUUGUUCCUCGUCUUCCAUGUAAAGAUGAUGAUACAAUCACAGUUGCAGACCUCAGCCAGGUAGAAUCUUGAUUUUUUUUCUUUAUUAUAAUAAAUAGAACAUUACAUGGCUGCUUGGAGAUACAAAAUUUCUCCCAAUUCUUGCGUUGAAAAUAUUUCACUUGUUUGUUGCGCUCACUCACUUCACUACUUGUGAACUACAUUUUUGACGCCACUUGAAUAGAAAUUUCAUAUCUCUGCACAGCUAUGCACAGGUAAAUGGAGUCUUAAAAACAAAGGCUGCUCAGACACCCAAAACUUGAAAACCUUAAGAGCCCGAGACAGAAAGCUCAGAAAGUUCAGAUAAUUAUCAUUUGAAAGUUUUAGAAGCCAUAACUAAUGGUGAGAAGCAGUGAAAGAAAUAGUGUGGAUUCUUCUAAGACAGACAAGGUCAAGGUGCAGCUACAGGGGUGACAAGCAAAGUCCAGUAUUAACUUUUUUGUAACACAAACUACCUCAGAGUUAACUUUUUUUUCUAAUAACCUCUAUAUGAGAUGGAUAAGGCCAGAUUAAACCUAGCAUGUCUUCCUUCUUUUGUAUAAUUACACAAUAGUGGAAGCUAAUAACAUACAAUGAGCAGAGCCAGUUUUUAUUAUAAAUACAGUUAAACCUGUAUUUAGCAGACACAUGUGGGAUGGACUGCUUCAUACAGGUUUCAUUGCAUGUGACAAUACUUGUUGAUAAGUGAUACCUUUUAUGUUUCCAUUUUAGCAACUUCACUCGAGUGUAAGGACUGGGAAUCUUGAGACAUGUUUGAGACUUCUCUCUCUAGGUGCAAGAGCAAACUAUUUUCAUCCUGUAAGUGAUAAGAAAUCUUGUUAAAUGAGUCAAGAGUUAAGAAUUCUAAUGUUGGAAUGUGGAAGAUGUUUAAGGUCAUGAAAAUGAAUCCAGUGGUUGCUUGAAUUUGUGAGUCACAGCAGAAAAUAGCCACGGUUCUCGAUUUUUAUCCUCAGUUUUCACAGGAUACCCAACAGGAAACAAAAUUAGGAAAUGGUCUGUUGACCAAUUUUACUCUGUUGAGCUGCUGGCUUCUUUUUGGCUUUUUAUGUUGACAACGUUGUUGAUUGUUUAUUCACCAUUUUUUUCUGAAUUUUGUUCAGAAUAAAAAUUUUCAAAUAAAAAACAAUAAUAAUUAAUAGUAAAUAAAUGAAUAAAUCAGGUAACCUUUACCAUAAGGUUAUUUAGACAAUGAAUUGUACAUGUAAGUCAGGUUGACUUACCUUCUAUUUACUGUUAAGAUUAAUUAGCACUGAAGUCACUUAAAUGAUGUCUUGACUGUUGUUUUCUGUCAGGAAAGAAAUAAUACUCCUCUUCAUGUAGCAGCUAAUGCAGGGCAAGCGCUUCAAGUUGAGCUUCUGAUCGUACAUGGUGCUGAUCCCACUAAACCAGACCUGAAUGGAAAAACCCCUGUGGAUUGUGCCAUGUAAGUGAUCAACUUUAAAUCUUCAGUAAAGGUCAUCUUUAUCAUGCAUGACUAGGAUAGGCUUUGAGAUCCACGGCUAACAUUAGUAGUGGGCAGCCGGUUUUUUAUAGCAGGCUACUGCAGUAAAAACAGCCAGCUACUCUAAGUUUGAAAAUGAGUCAAUAUACAUGUAUAUGUUGUGAUUCAAUUUUAUCCUUGGGUUGAUUUUAAUUUUCUUUUGUUUCAAACUCAUUAUAAUACAUUAUCAUACCCAAAGACAAAGGAAAAUAAAUUUAAACCAAGGACAAAAUUAAACCACAACAUAUACACAGUGUAAGAAGAAUUCAAGGCUGUUCUCUGAGACAAAUUGAAGGGAGACCAUUGCUCUGACUCAGUGAAAUCCAGGGUGCCCAGUUUGUGAUUUCUAUGAAAAAACUUAGAUUUCCUAGUCAUCUUAAAGCAAAAGUAAAGCACUAUGGCUCAUUGGGCACUGCUACAUGUAGAAAACAGCCCUUGAUUUGUGGGAUAACUAAAUAACUACUUUCCCUGACAGACCAGCUACUCAAGAUCUGAAUGACAGCCCUGAAGAUCUAUGCAUUAUUUUCAAUACAUAAGUUUUAAGAUUUCCAAAUUCAUGCGGGAAUAUUCUUUAUGAAUUUUGUCCAAAAGAAAAUAUUACAAUGUACCUUUUCAGUAAAGCACAUGCAUGUGUGUCACUUACAUGAAUACAAGUUGUAACAUUUUAACUGUCUUAGAGACCUCCAUUCUCCAUAGAAAUGAGAAAAGUUGCAAUCUACAUGUACAGUUGAGAGGACUUGAAAAAAAUGAUUUCAUUCUCAGAUCAUGCAAAAAACUGGUCACACUUGAUGUGAAUUUAUUGUAAGUUUCUUAGUUUCCUUUUGUAAAUAAAAUUCCGUGAAUGUACCUUAUGAAGUUCUCUAUUAAUAAUAUUAUUAAUAAUAAUAAUAAUAAUAAUAAUAAUAAUAAUAAAAACAUCAAAGGUAAGAAAUUGAGUAUGGCUUUUUAGAAAGAGCUUUUAUAGAUGACUGUGUAAGUCUAUUUUCCUGAACAUUGUAGACGUAUAAUCUCAUGUGAACAAUGUUAUUUCUGCAGGGAGGCUGGCUAUACAAAUAUUGCCCAGCGACUUAUUGAGGUUCAGUUUGAACUCACAGACAGACUUACUUAUUAUUUAUGUGGCAGACGACCUGGUAAGUGCUUUUUUCUGCUUUAAUUCAGAAGUCGUUUAAGUGUGCAGUGUACAACAUCAAUACCUUCAACAUUAUCAUCAUCAUCAUCAUCAUCACAAUCAUUGUAGCUUAUAAAAAUAAUUAUUAUCAUUAUCAUUUUCAUUGUCUUGAGAGAAUUUAAACCAGUAACUAAAGGUAAUCAUUGAUUUUGGAUACACGUUCAUCACUUAUGGCCGAGACGCCCUUGAUAAAAUUAGUAGGGGCACCUAAUUUGCAGUUGCUCAGGAUAGCUCGAAAAUUUCUGCCUUAGUUCCACAGGAACACCUGAUUAAGAUGCUUUCUGAUAAAUGCGGUGAAUGAAUGAAUGAAUGAUUGAGUGAGUGAGUGAUUGAUUGAUUGAAUGAUUGAAUGAAUAAAUGAAUGUUUCCUUUUGUCUUGGACCAUGAUGAUAGUCUGAAAAAAAGGAAAAUUGCCACAAUGAAAAUCAAUACUUGUUUAAAUGUGCAUAACUUGUAAUCUUCUGGGUGUUUUGAAUGUACAAUAUGCAUGAAAGUCAUUGUUUAAAUCACGUCUUUAAAUUUGUAAUUUCAGACCAUCAAAAUGGAGUUCACUACCUUAUUCCCACGAUGGCAGAAAGGUACAUCAUUUUUGUUUCACAGAAGGACACCUUGACCUUGUUAUACAAGCAUGACUUUCAGACCAGUUCAAGUAUAGUCUUGUCCCAGUGCUCUCAUCUCUUUGUGGUUGUUAUUUUACCCCUUUAAGGCCCAAUAUCCACAUACAAAUUCUCUAGAUUAGUCUCUAUACAUUUCCAUAGUUGAUCAUUUUAUUAAUUCUCAUAACCUUUUGUCUUGAUUGUGUAUUGGUGUUGCUAAGAGAAAAGUUAUGUUGGUCACUCUUGGGACGUAGUCUGAAAUGCACAGGAGUUAAUAACUUAAAUAGUUUAAGAAUAGUUAUUCCAUAUCGGUGUUAUGUUGUAACCAUGAAAUGUUUUGCUUUGCUUACAGUUGUCUGGAUUUAUCAGAUGAUGCACAAAAAGCUAAACUAAAACUACAAGCUGUAAGUUGUUUGAGGAGUAUUUUUAUGCUUUUUGAUGUGCAUCUAGUAAUUAUUAUUAGUCUCACUUGUUUUAGCUGCGAGACAUUAAAAAUGCAAGCAUAUUUUUGUGUGUGCACGCCAAAAGGGGGUCCCAGGUGUUCCUAGUGGAGUCCGUGGAACCUUGGGAUAAGAAUGGUUGCAUGACAAAAGCCAUGCAUAGAAAGCUUACGAAAUAUUAAUGCAAAAGAUGUUGAGCUUUUCCAGAACGGGACAGUUCAUGAUUUCUAUCACUUGAAAGCAUUGAUUACUUUGGAACAAGUGAUUACUUCAGUGGUUGAAAAAAAAAAGAAUCUUAAUGAGCAAAAUGAUUUCCACCACAUGCUUUUUUAACUUGUCAAGACAAAACUAACUUGUAAUACUUGUUGACUUCUUUAUGAACAGUUGAGUCACCAUCUGUUUGAAGAAUUAGCUUCUGAUGUGUAUGAUGAAGUAGACAGAAGAGAGUGUGAUUCAGGUACACUUAACAUGUACUUCAUAUCCUUGAAUAAUAGCUGUUGCUUGACUAAUUGCCUGCCUCAAAUAAUUCUCCCCCUUUGAUGGAAAUUAUUUAAAAUAAUUGUCUCCCUCAAUUAAUCAACGCCCCACCCCACCCCUCUCAUCACUUAAAAACAGGGUUCGCACUCACUUUGAAAGUCCUUGAAAUUUAAAAUAAAAAUUCAAGGCCUUGAAAGUCCUUGAAAAUUACAGUUGGUGCUGGAAAGUCCUUGAAUUUCGGUGCUAACUUUAUCCAACCCAGCAAGCACUGAAAGACCUUCAGGAUAAUAUUGCUCAUGUUGCAGAGGAAAUAAGAAAGACUUAGACUCUAGCUUUAUAAAAACAACAUUAUUUUGUCUUUUUUUGUAAGCUUGCUAAUUUAUUUUGUCCUCUUUAUGUUCAUUUGUCAUUAGUUUGGCUAGCAACACAGAAUCAAAGUGCUCUUUUAAGUGACACCACUACAGUACCCUUCCUUCCAGUUAAUCCAUCAUUUUCUUCAACAAGAAAUCAGGUAGGCAACCCAUUGCACCUAUUAUUAUAUGAUUAUUAUUAACAAGUGUUCAUUCUUUGUGUUGAUUUAGUCCAGCAUUGUUGAGCCUUGCUGACACUGCAAGGAUUUAUUAGAACAUGGUGACCAGACAAGGGAGCGUUAGUCUUCAAUGUCUUAAUAAAUUCUGAAAAGGAACUAUCAGCUUUUAUUUAGAAGGUGUGGUACUUUACCAGGACACAGGGUUCCCUAAUUACUUUUACUGAAAAAGAUGCAUGAGAAGAUCAUUUUAAUAAUUAGUUAAAGUAGGGAAUUGUACACAUGACUUCCAGUUAUGUCAUAUUGGUGUACUUUCUAUGUUUAUAAAUUUAUUAUUUCUUUAUUUCUUUUCAUUAACAGGGUAGACAAAAGUUAGCAUUGUUUAAUGCCAAGGAGUUUGCAACAUUAAUCGUUGAUAUAUUGAAUGAUGCA